AUGGCAGAUCUUCUGUUUCUGGCUCUUGCCAUUGCCAUGGGCGUGCUAUUGGUGGAUGCUGUCAUUGAGCUAGCUUUCAUCACCAGCAUGGUGACAUGGCUACACCACACAGUGAGCGGCCACAAGUAUAUCAUCAAUUUCAACGGCUCAACAUUCGGACUCUACGGCAAACCAGCAAAUCUCUUGCUCAAUCAAGGGCAUACCGCCAACGCAGCAGCAGGAACUGCGAUAGUUCUUGUUUGUCUCGGAGGUGCCCUCAUUCUCUUUCUAAGAAGCCGACCCAACAUCUUUGGGCAAAAGUUUACGUCAUUCCUUUACGGCGCCUGGCUUAUUUUUAUCAUCCUGGCCUUUCUGCUUACCCUUGCGGCUCUUAUCUACGUCUUCGCUGUUACGAAUGCACACGAGGGACAGACAAUCGAUCUUCAAAUCGCCUCAACAAACAGCAACAUAAAAUAUCCAGUUGAUACAUGGACACCGCAAAAUUGGUAUAGUGCCAUGUUGAACCUAGAUUUUGCUGAUGCAAGCCAGAGGAGCAACGUUGCGUUCAACUUACGACUUAUGCGGGGAUGGCAGUAUAAUUUGAUUGCCAUGUUUGUGAUUCAACUUGCAGUGACUGUUCUCGCCGUCUUGGAAUUUUUGGACAGACGAAAGAAACGGUCUUCGGCAAAGUAUAGCGGCGUGGCGCGCAACAGCGGAGAGCAGAAAUUUAUUACACCUGUAUCUCCAUAA